ACCCAAUUGAAAGUUUACACACUCCUCAAAUAUGAAAGCACGACGGAAGGAGGAUGAUCUGCGCGGAGGAGGGGAGGUGGUCCAACUCGCUCACUCGUCGCUGGACUCGAUCCCGGCGACGGUCCUAGCGAUAAAGUCACUGGUUAUACUGAACUUAAGUAAUAACAACAUAUCCUCACUACCUCCUGAACUGUGUUCGAUUAAAAGCUUGAGAGUACUCCAUUUGAGCUCCAACCACCUCACCAGUCUUCCUCCCUGUUUCAAUCAGCUGUUCUUACUGGAAACUCUGUCUUUGGGAGCCAACCGCCUAACUUCUUCUGCAAUAGAAGACGCUUGCUUGGAUAAGCUUGGACAACUGACGAGAUUGAAUCUUUCCAAUAAUCAAUUGUCGUAUGUCCCGGAAUCGAUAUGUGACAUUGACACUCUGUUGUCUCUUUCUUUGUCGGACAACAAGAUCACUGAGAUACCAGAGUCGAUGGCAAAGCUUACACGACUGCAAUUUUUCGGCAUCAGCAACAACCAGCUAUCAUCUGUCAAUGAUAUAUUCAGUAAGCUGCCGGCGCUGAAAGGUAUCUCUCUUGCGGGUAAUCCUUUCUCAGAUCCUAUCGGUAGUCAAACGGAACUCGUAGAACUAGGCGGGAUUGUGUCCGUAAUGCAUAUCUCCAAUUCAGUUCCACGAGGCGCAAAGAUGGACAUAAAGGCCGGUGAAACCAAAAGCACGAAAGGUGUCGAACCACCGACGGACGGUGUCGCUCCCAUAUCAACUGCUUCUCCCGACAAAAGACUCGCUCCUCGGGUCAUUACCACGUUACCGGAUCCUGUGUUCCCACGCGGGGAUCGCUUCAGCGUAGUGAGUGGCGACACACAAGGUACUCUAUCUAGUAUAUCGGAAUCGGAACGUGCAACUUUGUUCGGUAACUCUCCAGCCUUCUCCGACCCGCCUACCGUACUGGAAACUAUUCCAGCGUUGCAGGCUGCGUCGUCAUCUGCCUCCGAGUCUUCCACAUUGGCUUCUCCCAUCGUUUGCGAUUCCGCGUCCUCAGCAUCUUCGACUUCGUCGCCAUUUUCACCGUUGGCUUUAUACGGCUCAUCGCCAGAACGUGGUGGAGAAGCUGCCGUGGUUAAGAUCUCUUCGCCGCUUAAACAUGGGCUGAUCAUUGAGGUUGAAGAUACUUUCUCGAUACUGGAAAGUUCUGAGACCUCGGAAAACCACUCCUUAUCAAGUAGGGUCAGUUUUGAACGUCACGCUGCCACUCCUGAGGAUACAUAGCAUGAGAGUGCGGAAGCUCUCACUGAAAAUCGAGGGCAGUUAGUAGCAGCAUAGGCGAAUCUUCCUAACUUAGAAUUUUGUCCUCAAAAUUGGCUUUGAACUGCAAUCUAUGUUGCAAGAUAUUGCGACUCGAACGAAGAAACUGACCCAUAGCCUACUCAAAUAUCGUGCGAGGCUAUCGUUUGGACCUAUUGAUCCACCUACUCAUUCUCAUCGUCUUCUCCACACCAAGUAUUGAAUAGUAGCUAACAAAGUAGCUUUUGAAGCGCUAUUCACACUAACCAAUAAAUGUAGUCAUA